UUACUUGUCGGGUUUCUCAUUCAAAGAUCCAAAAUGUUGCAAAGUUUGCAGAACCACAACCAGGAAAAUCUUUUUUGACGCGAAUUUUUCAUCCAAUUGGAAUAUUAUUUAUAUCUCUUUUAAAGAUUUCACAUUGAUUCUUCUCAAUUUUAUUAUCUUUGUAUCUUUUUUUAUUUAUUUAUUAGUAAUAUCUAUUGGGAUUUUAAAUUUCCCUGAAAAAUUUACUUUUUUUUUGUCUCUUUGUUUCAAUCUUUUUUAACAUCCGGGUUAGUUAAUUUCUGAGUGUUCUUCACUGAUUUCAUCUUAAAAACUUAAAGGGUCUUCAGGGUUUGAUCGAAUAGGGGAAAAAACAAAAAAAAAUUUACCUUACUAUUUUUAACGCUACCAGAUGCCAGAAAAUCGGCAGGUUUUGAAGAAUGCUGCUUCUAAUCCAUCUGGCGAUAACAUUGAAGAUGCAAUUCGGCGUCUGAAAAUCAAUGAUAAUCGGGACAGAGAUGUUACGGCUCAAUCUCUGCCUUUUCCCGAUCGACCUGGUGAACCCGAUUGCUUAUAUUAUUUGAGGACUGGAAUGUGUGGUUACGGGAGUAACUGCCGCUAUAAUCACCCUGCUAACGUUUCACUUGUUACUCAAUAUGGUGAAGAACUUCCUGAGAGACAUGGGCAACCUGAUUGUGAGUAUUUUCUUAAGACAGGAACAUGCAAAUAUGGAUCGACAUGUAAAUAUCAUCACCCUAAGGACAGGCGAGGUGCUGCACCCGUGAUAUUUAAUACUUUAGGUCUUCCCAUGCGUCAGGAAGAAAAAUCAUGUCCCUAUUACAUGAGAACCGGGUCGUGUAAGUUUGGAGUUGCGUGCAAGUUUCAUCAUCCACAGCAGCAAGCUUCGUUUGGAGCUUAUCCGGUGGCUGGAUCCCCUCCCUCAACAACUAUUACUUCAUCAGGUUUUCCAUAUGCUGGUGGAUUUCCUGCAUGGUCAGUGCCGAGAAUGUCGUCGUAUUUAUCUGGACAGGGCAUUCAAUCUUAUGUUCCUCCUUUUCUGCCUUCUUCACAAGGCAUUAUGCCUGCACUGAGCUGGAGCAACUACAUGGGAAGUAUGAGCCCUGCAAUUCCUACUAGUUUUCUUGGAUCGAAUCUUGUCUAUGACUACAUGAAUCCGGGAGAGACACUUUCCGGGGGGCAGGUCAUGAGUUCAACUCUCCCGGAUAGACCCGAUCAACCAGAAUGUAAAUACUUUAUGAGCACUGGAACAUGCAAAUAUGGAUCUGAUUGCAAGUUCCACCACCCUAAAGAAAGAAUAGGCCAAUCAUUAUUAGUUAAUCCACUUGGCCUUCCUAUGAGACCAGGAAAUGCUAUAUGCUCUUAUUACAGACUCUAUGGAGUAUGCAAGUUUGGUCCAACAUGCAAAUUUGAUCAUCCAGUUUUGGCCAUUCCUCAGAACUACGGCUUGCCCUCGCCUGCUAUAUCGGUAUUCGACGCAUCUCUCCUUAAUAGUCCAAGAAGGGUUUCAACUGUCCAACCAACUGAGACACCUCCGUCUAAACUAUCAAGUGACAAGCUUCAACAAUCUGAUACAAAAGCUGCUACCGAAGAUUCGUCUAAACAAGGUGACGACACUGCAUCAAAUUCUCGCACACCUUCGUCCGAGUCGUUACAGGAAUGAACCACUUGAAGUUUGAUUUUUCUUUUGGACUUUUUUUUCCGGCCAUAUUUUCAGGAGAAAUAUAUUAUACAUACCAUCUAUUUCCCCCUUUAAUCUGCAAUUCUGCAAGGUUGGAUAGUUUGUUCAAUGGUUGUUGUGACAAUCAUGAGCUUUUGGGGGAUAGAGGACAUUUUUUUUGUGGUGAAUAAAAUGCAAGUAGAAAGUUUGUGAUUUUCAUUUCCCCUUUUCUCUCUUGGGGUCACUUUGGUAAUCACACCUACAAAUACUGAGUGAAAAUCUCUAAGUAUGUAGCAAUUUCUUGCA